AUGACGAGUUCUGGAGAAGGACAUAAUGAUAUUGCAACGAUGAACCAAAAGUUUGCUUCAUUGGAUAUGUUUGAUUCUCCAAAAGUGAGAACUGAGAGAGAAGGGAGACCAACUCGCUUACUGGAAGGAUUACAAUCCGUGAACGCUGAAACAGCUUUUACACAAACGCAUCCUUUUCAACAUGAAUGGACGUUAUGGUUCUUGAAGCCUCCAACGCAAGGCUUGGAAUGGGGCGAUUUAUUAAAAGAGAUUAUAUCAUUUAAAACUGUAGAAGAAUUUUGGGGUAUUUUCAAAACAAUUGCGAAAGCAUCCAUGCUUCCUGCGAAAUCAGACUAUUCGUUCUUUCUCAGAGGCAUACGCCCAGAAUGGGAAGAUCCCAACAAUAUGAAUGGAGGAAAGUGGGCUUUCCAAAGCAAGCACAAAGGAUCGAAUUUGGAUGAGCUAUGGUUAUAUAUGGUCCUUGCAGCAUUAGGUGAAACGUUGGACCCUACCGGUAAAGAAGUCACAGGUGUUGUUUGUAACAUGAGAAGGGGAUUUUACAGAAUUGCUGUGUGGACGCGUAAUUGUAAUGACAGAGAAAUUUUGGAAAGAAUUGGUCUUCGUUUUAAAGAAAUUUUGGGCAUAUCUGAGAAAGAAACUAUAGAAUAUAGUGCUCACGAAGACUCUUCGAAGGCUGGCAGUAUGCGCGCCAAGACCCGUAUGAGUUUGUAA